GUUCCUGCCGGACCGGUUUCAGGCCAGUCCAAGGCUUGGGGGUGGGGAGCUGAAGGCCAUGACCCUUUCCAAAUCCUGAAGGGAGUGAGCGCUGGGACCACUGAGUCAAAGAGCUGUGGAUGCAAAUGGGCUGAGGACUGAAAAUGUGCCGCGGCCUAAGUCCGAGGGCUGAACUUCCAAUCAGUGCUCCACCUGAACUAGGCGAAUGACUCUGAGCCAGUCCUCUGACUCUGAGCCUCAGUUUCCUCACCUGUAAAAUGGGGGUAUAUGUAGAGAAGAUAAUUUAAUUUGCGUAAAGCAGUCGGGCUGUGUCGGGCACCGAGUCCAUAAAUGUUACCCAAGACUGUGAUCUCAUCCUGACACCCGGAGGUACUGUCGUCCCCGCGACCCGCGAUCGGGUACACCGAGGCUCAGAGCCGACAAGGUGCCUCGCCCGGGCCGCAGACCUCGGCUAGGGGCUGAGGUGGAGCCCGGCAGCCGGGAGGACUCUGUACCUUCCCGAAACUCACCUUCUUGGCGCGGGGACUUCCAGCCGGUGCCAUCUCGCCGCGGCUGUGCGGGCGCCAAGUGGCGGGGAGCGCGCAGAGAGAGCUAGGAGCCCGCCCCUCGCCCGGGGGAGGGUCUCCAUCCCCACCCUUCCUACCCCCGCUCCCCACCCACCCCCGCUCUGCUGCCCCUGCGAGCAGGUGCCGGCGCCCUCGCCCUUGGCCUCGGCCUCGCCCUCGCCAUGUUCCGCCCGGGCGCGCAGCGGCUGCGGGGCCUCCAGCUGCGGAGCUUCCCGCUACGGGGCUCCCCCGGCCGUCCGCGCUCCGUCUGCGCCCGCGAAGGAGAGGAAAACGCACCCUUAUCUGCAGAAACAAGAUGGAAAGACAGAGCAGAAACAGUGAUAAUUGGAGGUGGCUGCGUUGGUGUGAGUCUGGCUUAUCACUUGGCCAAAGCGGGCAUGAAAGAUGUGGUCCUCCUGGAGAAAUCGGAGCUCACUGCUGGAUCCACCUGGCACGCAGCAGGUCUAACAACUUACUUUCAUCCUGGAAUAAACCUGAAGAAAAUCCAUUAUGAUAGCAUCAAACUUUAUGAGAAACUGGAAGAAGAAACUGGACAGGUCGUGGGAUUCCAUCAGCCAGGGAGUAUCAGAAUUGCUACAACUCCUGUAAGGGUAGACGAAUUUAAAUAUCAAAUGACUCGGACUGGCUGGCAUGCGACAGAACAGUAUAUUAUUGGACCUGAAAAAAUUCAAGAGAUGUUCCCUUUACUCAACAUGAAUAAGAUUUUAGCUGGACUCUAUAAUCCUGGAGAUGGUCACAUUGAUCCUUACUCUCUAACUAUGGCCCUGGCUGCUGGGGCUAGGAAAUACGGUGCCCUUCUAAAAUAUCCUGCCCCGGUGACGUCUUUGAAACCCAGGUCAGAUGGAACAUGGGAUGUUGAAACUCCGCAGGGAUCUAUGCGAGCAAAUAGGAUUGUGAAUGCUGCAGGAUUUUGGGCUCGCGAAGUAGGUCAGAUGAUUGGAUUAGAGCAUCCUCUCAUUCCAGUUCAGCAUCAAUACGUUGUCACGUCAACCAUCCCUGAAGUGAAAGCUUUAAAGCGAGAACUUCCUGUGCUCCGAGACCUGGAAGGAUCUUAUUAUCUCCGGCAGGAAAGGGAUGGGCUUUUGUUCGGUCCAUAUGAAAGUCAGGAGAAAAUGAAACUUCAGGACUCCUGGGUCACCAGCGGAGUCCCUCCAGGUUUCGGAAAGGAGCUCUUUGAGUCUGAUCUAGACCGAAUCAUGGAACACGUGGAAGCUGCCAUGGAAAUGGUCCCUGUCUUGAAAAAGGCUGACAUCAUCAAUAUUGUCAAUGGCCCUAUCACCUAUUCUCCUGACAUUCUGCCUAUGGUGGGGCCCCAUCAGGGGGUCAGGAACUACUGGGUGGCUAUAGGCUUUGGAUAUGGCAUAAUCCAUGCUGGUGGGGUAGGGAAAUAUCUCAGUGACUGGAUCCUGCAUGGAGAACCUCCUUUCGAUCUGAUAGAAUUGGAUCCCAAUCGCUAUGGCAAGUGGACGACAACUCAGUACACUGAGGCCAAAGCACGAGAGUCAUACGGAUUCAACAAUAUUGUGGGUUACCCCAAAGAAGAACGGUUUGCCGGGAGGCCGACUCAGCGAAUCAGUGGGCUUUAUAAAACCCUGAAGUCUAAGUGUUCCAUGGGGUUCCAUGCGGGCUGGGAGCAGCCACACUGGUUCUACAAACCGGACCAGGACCCUGGGUACAGGCCAAGUUUUCGCCGCACAAACUGGUUUGAGCCUGUGGGCUCAGAGUAUAAACAGGUUAUGCAAAAAGUAGGGGUGAUUGACCUGUCACCGUUUGGCAAAUUUACCGUCAAAGGCCAAGACUCCGUUAGGUUGUUGGACCAUCUCUUUGCCAAUGUCAUUCCCCAGGUGGGUUGUACAAAUAUAAGUCACAUGUUAACACCAAAAGGUCGAGUAUAUGCUGAGUUGACUGUUUCUCACCAGUCUCCUGGGGAGUUUCUAUUAAUAACCGGCUCUGGAUCAGAACUUCAUGAUCUUAGAUGGAUUGAAGAAGAGGCAGUCACAGGUGGAUACAACGUUGAAAUUAAAAACAUGACCGACGUGCUGGGAGUCCUUGGAGUCGCAGGACCACAUGCAAGGAAGGUCCUUCAGAAACUGACCUCUGAAGAUCUUAGUGAUGGUGCUUUUAAGUUUCUUCAAACCAAGGCUUUCAAAGUGGCCAACAUUCCCGUCACUGCUAUCAGGAUAUCUUACACUGGUGAGCUGGGUUGGGAGCUGUACCACAGACGAGAAGAUUCUGCGGCACUUUAUGACAUUAUCAUGAAUGCAGGCCAGGAGGAGGGAAUUGACAAUUUUGGAACCUAUGCCAUGAAUGCCUUAAGACUGGAGAAAGCUUUCAGAGCCUGGGGGUCAGAGCCGGCAGACUUCAUAGGAAAGCAAGCACUGAAACAGAUUAAAGCCAAGGGGCUGAAACGGAGACUGGUCUGCCUCACCUUGGCAACGGACGAUGUUGAUCCAGAGGGAAAUGAAAGCAUCUGGUAUGACGGCAAGGUGGUUGGCAACACCACGUCCGGAAGCUACAGUUACAGCAUCCAGAAGAGUCUGGCUUUCGCGUAUGUCCCUGUAGAGCUGAGCAAAGUGGGACAACAAGUGGAAGUUGAACUAUUGGGCAAAAAUUACCCAGCAACUGUCAUCCAAGAGCCCUUGGUGUUGACAGAACCAACCAGAAACCGGCUUCAGAAAAAGGGUGGGAAGGACAAAAUUUGAAAAGACUUUCAGCAGGCCAGUGAUUUAUGGCUGCUCUACGACUGUAAUCAAAAAUAUAACUGAUUCACAGAGGGAAUAGGGGAAACCAAAAAUUCAGUUCAACAUCAUCAAAAUCUGGAUUCAGAAUCUAAAUAAAACCUUUCUCUUGUUUUCUAAAUAAGAUGGAAUAAUUGAUGGGCUAUUUAUAUCGUAGUUUCAAAUGAUGACAUUUGAAGUAAAUGGUUCUAUUAUCCUGUAUUGUUUAUGAAAUUCAAUCAGCAAAAUGUUGUUUGCUAACAUACAAUCAUUAUUAUAACCGAAUUGGAAAGCAUUAUAUAAUUCUAGAAACCUUUUCAUAUGGUUCUUGUUAGCUGAAAACUGAAGUUUUACAGAAAAUUAAAUGAAUAUUGUGGAUGGAUUUAUUUCAUUGAGAAAUAUUAAUAGAAUACGAGAUCAUUUUUUCAAAAUAUAUCUAUAAUGGAAAUAGUGAAAUUCCAUAUUGGUAUAACAUUUUUAUUCAAUUCCCUGAAAUAUUUACUUUCUUAAUGACUUCCCUGAAAGCACUUUUAUGAGACGUCAUAAUUGUCCUUUCAAAGGUUGUUUUAGAAGAGAAAUUGCAAAAAAGAUCAGAGUCUUCCAAAGGAAGCAGACUUGUAAACCUUCUGAGAUGAAGCUGAAACAUAAAUAGAUUGUGCCAGGACAAACACAGGUUGAAUACUGAACACGUCUCUUUGGGAAAAAUUAAUGCAAGUUGACAUCACAUUGUGCCAUUCUGAAUAUCAUUUCACAAGCAUUUGACAAAGCAGGUCAGACAAGAGCUGAAGAGCUGACAGGCUUGUCCUUAACACUGUGUACAGCAAAGGGGGAGAAAAGUCAUUUGGAAAUCAUUCUUUGAUAGCCUUUUGAAAUUAUUUGGGUUAGUUGAUUGAAUAGAUAAACUUUCUCAUGUAAGACAGUCGGUCAUUUAUCAUUUGUUAUACACACACAUUUGUUGCCUAAGAAAAGUUUAAUAAAUGUGUAUUCAAGAAAGCUGAAUGUGAAGCAUGGUGAGAUUCUGUAAUUUGAAUAGAUUUUUAAAGAUUUAACUUGUAUGUUUUGAGAAUGUGCCAAAUUUACUCUAAAUAUUUUAUAAAAGUAAUCAUAUGUUG